CAAGGACUUUAUGUGACCACGACAACAAACCCCGUGGGCCUGGUGGGUAACAACACACUGGAACUUGUGUGUACGUACAGUAUUGAAGGUUUAGACGGCGAUUCUGUAUCGUCUAUGACUUGGUAUAGGGAGACGACAAAAGACUCCAGGAUAUUUGAACAAUUGGGCGUGUUCACUCCCUACAUAACAACAACGCCAGCAGCAACAACUACGCCGAAGAGUGGACCGUUACUAUCAGGGAGAAUCAUUUUAACGAAUCCUACCAACUCGUCAUAUAAGAUAACUUUUACCAGUGUGGAAUGUGAGGACGAGCGUUUAUAUAACUGUACUGUGAUUGGUCGGACGAACGGCGUCACUGUCAGUCGUGGCGGUCUUUCCAAUCUCACAGUCACAGCUAAACCCAAAACCGCAUCCCUGGUUAACGUGGAACUAAACCCAGCAUCCCCUAUUGAGGGAGAGCCUGUCCAGUUGACGUGUACCAGUGACGUUGGUCGGCCGGCCGGGAUGUUCCUGUGGACCAAGUACAAUAAUGCUACAGAUUCCGUGGGCAUGGCCAUCAACUCUACCACAGAGACGUCCCCAGGUACCGACUGUACCUACAACGGAAGUAGCGUGAUCUCCAUGGUGAUGACGAGGGAUGACAUUGGUGCAAUCAUACGCUGUACCAUACGACAGGAAACCGUCACUGACCCAACAGCCCCCGGCUACUAUACACAAACUGGCCCCAUCAACGUUUUUUACAAACCCGAGCCACCUACCAUAACAAUUAGUCCAGAAUCCACCGCAAUCCAUUACGUUGGCACACGCUUAACGUUGACCUGUUAUGCUGUGGGAAACCCUGCUCCUACCUAUAUAUGGAAGUUCAAAGGAAGAGAAAUUGGGACAACGGCAAAGCUUCAGCUGAGUAAUAUCUAUGCUGGCCAAUCAGGAGACUACGUCUGUUUGGCCGCAAACAGCCUCACUGAAAAUAUCUAUACAAUAUCUACUACCGUAAAGAUCAUUAUAAUACCUUUGACAAAUGGCGCAUGCGCGACAGUAGGUGGUGGUGUGUUUGAAUUGCUCAUCAAAAAUGUCCUUUCGUGGUAUCUUAUCUACCAUUUAUCUGGAAAAGUUCAGUAUUUCAUAAUGUGACGUUUGUUUUUUAAAAAAAAACAGAAUUUGUAGGUCCGAACUAAUUGUAGAACCCAUAAAU